AGGCUCACACCGCCUGCUUCCCCUCUCCAGCCCUGUUUAUGCCCCCUCCCUCCAAGAGAGUGAGACACUGAGCCAGACACCUCUCCUGGCUAGCCAGCUAAGCUCACUGAGGCUGAGGCAGCAGAAGGCCAUUAUCCAUGGACUCUCACGAAGUGUUGCUGGCUACUACAUACCUGCUGGGAACCCUGGCCGCUUUCUGCCUUGGACAGUCUGGAAGGAAUGACCCAGGUGUCCUGGUGAUGCUAAGUGGCUCCAACUCCAAGUGUCAGGGUCAACUGAAGGUCCAGAUGGAAAACCGGUGGAGAACGGUGUGCAGUUCCAGUUGGAGUUUGAACCAGGACCAUGAGAGAAAUGCCCAUCAGGCCUCUGCAGUGUGCCAGCAGCUAGGAUGUGGUCACCCCUUGGCCCUUGGCCCCUUCUCUUCAUUGAACAGACCCCAGAACCAGAUCUUCUGCCAAGGAUCCCCGUUGUCUUUCUCCAACUGCAACACAAGUUCACAAGCCCAGUGCCUUCCGCUGAGCCUGAUCUGCCUAGAGCCCCAGAGGACGAUGCCUCCACCCACAACCACUCCACCCACCACCAUGCCGGAGCCCACAGCUCCUCCCAGACUGCAGCUGGUGCCAGGACACAAGGGCCUGAGGUGCACAGGUGUGGUGGAAUUCUACAAUGGCAGCUGGGGUGGCACCAUCCUCUACAAGGCCAAGGACAGGCCCCUGGGCCUGGGGAACCUCAUCUGUAAGUCUCUGCAGUGUGGAUCCUUCUUGGCACAUCUGUCCAGGACGGAGGCAGCAGGAACACCAGCUCCUGCAGAGCUGAGGGACUCCAGGCCCCUGCCAAUCCGAUGGGAGGCCCAGAAUGGGAGCUGUGCCUCACUACAGCAGUGUUUCCAGAAAACAACAACCCAGGAGGAUGGCCAGGCGCUCACCGUCAUCUGCUCUGAUUUCCAGCCCAAGGUUCAGAGCCGCCUGGUCGGGGGCAGCAGUGUGUGUGAGGGCAUCGCUGAAGUGCGGCAGAGAUCACAGUGGGCGGCCCUGUGUGACAGUUCUGUAGCCAAGGGUCGGGGACGAUGGGAAGAGCUAUGUCAGGAGCAGCAGUGUGGCAACCUCAUCUCCUUCCAUGCGAUGGAUGCUGACAAGACCUCCCCCGGGCUCCUCUGUACCGAGGAGAAGCUGUCUCAGUGUUACCAUCUUCAGGAAAAACCCCACUGCAAGAGGGUAUUCGUCACAUGCAAAGACCCAAACCCAGUGGGCCUGGCCCCAGGCACUGUGGCAAGCAUCAUUCUGACCCUUGUACUCCUGGUGGUGCUGCUGGUCAUGUGUGGUCCUCUGGUCUACAAGAAGCUGGUGAAGAAAUUUCGUCAGAAGAAGCAGCGUCAGUGGAUUGGUCCCACAGGAGUGAACCAGAACAUGUCUUUCCAUCGAAGUCACACAGCAACUGUACGGUCCCAGGUUGAGAACCCAACAGCCUCUCAUGUGGACAAUGAAUACAGCCAGCCUCCCAGGAACUCUCACCUGUCUGCUUAUCCAGCUCUGGAAGGGGCCCUACACCGCUCUUCCACACAACCCGACAACUCCUCUGACAGUGACUAUGACCUGCAAGUGGCUCAGAGACUGUAAAAGAACUUGAGGCCAUCAACAAGGACCAAGCACAUCGCCUCCAUCCUGACAAAGCAUUUGCUACUCCGAGUGCUGCCCACUUCCACUUCAGCCAGAACUUGGACAGAAGCCAAGGUCCUUUGGACAAGAUUCCAGGCCCUGCAGUGGCAGGCCAGCUCCUAUAUCCCCUAUGGCCUUGACAGCCUGGCUGCUUCCUCCAAGAACCAACACUCAGCAGACAGAGCCUACAAGCAGCCAAUCCUUACAAAUAGAGACUCCAGUCCAGUAUCCAGAGGAGUCCCAAUCCUUUGGGGAGCAGUGACCAGUGGGGUUGGCUUUCUCCUUGGACUCUGGCACCAUGAACAAAUGAUGAGGCGAUACACCCAAGUGGGAUACUUACAAGUACUUAUUUCUCAAGUGUAUUUUUAAUAUAUUCUUUGUAAAUAAUGUUUCUUCUACUA